AUGAUAAAUGCCUUGAAAUUAGAAAUUCAGAAAUAUGGAGAAAAUACUUCCAUAAGGGGUUUAUCUAAACUGUUCAAGUCAAAUGAUAAAUUUUUAAAGUUGCUCUGGUUGAUUUUAUUGCUGGGGUCUUCAACAUACAUGACUAUGAGACUGGACAAGCUGUUUUCCGAUUACUACUCCUACCCUGUUACCACAGAGUACGGAGAAAACAUUGGACAGAAUAUUUUGUUUCCGGACAUCACGUUAUGCAACAUUGAUCCAUUCGCUACAAGUCAAUCAAAAGAAUUUUCUCUUGACAAUUAUUUAGCAGCAUUAAAUUCAAUUCAAGAUCGUUUUUAUGAAUAUAUUAAAAAGACUGGACUGAUUUAUAUAUUCGACGCAAACUCUGCUGCAUAUAUAAACAACACGUUCAACGAAAUGAAUUCAGUAACUGGUUACAUAAUAAAUUUGAAUAAAGAAAUGCUGAAGUCCAACGACUGCCCAAACUUCAUCGUCGAUUGCAGUUUUUUUGCAACAAAUUGGUUUAAAACCAAAGAAACUUGUUCCAUUUUCAAUUUCACGAAACGAUGGAAUGUAAAUUAUCAUACUUGUUACACGCUUAAAAGUGGCGACUUGAACUUUUCUCAUUCAAAUAUAAUUAGGGGUUUAGAUGUAUUACUGAAUGUUGGACCACCAAAUUUUAUUCAAAUACCAUUUAAAUCGGCGUUAACAAGCUCUCAAGCGAGAGGAGUGCAAGUGAGUGUGCACAGUCCUGGAACCCCUCCCGAUCUCAAACGGGGAUUCAACGUGGCUCCGGGCACCGAAAACAUCGUGGAAAUUGUUCAAACGGAAAGAAAUCGCUUGAAAACUCCUUACAACAAAUUGGGCUGUACGCGCAAGAGUCACUUUUACAACUCUUCUGACAAGUAUACUCACGAUUUGUGCACUGAAUACUGCCAACAAGAAUAUACCAAAAAUGUUUUCGGCUGUAUUACGCACCAGUUAACUGUACCAGAGAAUGAAUUUGAUAACAUACCAUUUUGCGGAAACUUCUGCUACUAUUUCGAUAUGAAUAUAAACGUUUCAGCCAUCGAACUAAUUAAAAACACAGUUCUAAAACUAACGAACAGCUUGAUUGUGAAUAAAGAUUUUCGUGGAAUGGGCUCAAAUGCAACGAAAACUGUAAAUUGUGUAAACAACUGUCUGAUGCCUUGUCAUGAAAUGUCAUAUCAAUCUUUCCUCACGUCAGCAAGUUGGCCACAAUCUUCUGUGCAGCUUGAUCUCUUUGAAAAAUUUUUUAUUAAUCGUGGGUGCAUGUAUAACCCUAGAGUAAGAGCAAGAUACGUGAAUUACUACGAACAAAUCCUGGCUAACAAACGCGACAGAACAUCUCUUCUAAACUUAACCGUAAUGCCUGAAUCCCUUCUCAAAAUCAAAUUUGUGAUGAAACAAAACUUUCCUUACUUUCAAACGGACAAACCUGUAUACACAGAUGACAUGAUGAUUGGAGCAGUGGGAGGAAUGUUGUCCCUCUGGUUGGGCAUCACCGUGGCAAGUGGAGUGGAGGUCAUAGAGCUGGUCUACUUGCUGUUCAAGCGUUGCUGGGAGCAUAAGAAAUUAAACACAUACAAAUUUUACAUGAACACUGUUGUUGAUAACAAAACUGGUUCGCUAAAUUAG